AUGAUAUUUUUGGAUCGAUUAAGCAAUAGUGACUACAUUUAUAGUAAAUAUAUAAAUUUUAAUUUCAAAUUAUUUCCAAUAAUAUUGCGCACCGGCCACAAAAUGAGUCACAUAAAUCUGGACAAGCCCCGGUACGAUCAGGGCACGUACAUGGGACGCGCGAAGCACUUCCUCUUGCUGACAAACCCGAUCAACGCUUUUGCCAGCAACUCCGACCUGGAAGAAGCUCGGAAAAUUGUCACUGAAUUCAGGAAGUCUCGUAAAAUGCCGCCAGGCUACGAUGAAGACAAGCUAUGGGCAACCAAGUACUUGUACGAUAGCGCGUUCCAUCCAGAUACGGGGGAGAAAAUGUUCGUGCUCGGCCGCAUGUCCGCUCAGGCCCCCAUGAACACUAUCAUCACUGGAUGCAUGAUAACAUUCUACAAGACGACUGCGGCCACGGUGUUUUGGCAAUGGGUCAAUCAAACCUUUAACGCGGUCGUCAACUAUACCAACAGAUCUGGCGACGCACCGCUACCUACCUCACAACUUAUAGCCUCGUACUGUGCCGCGUGUGGUGGCGCCCUUUCUACUGCUCUCUACCUCAACAGCAAAGUUAAGAACAUGAGCCCAAUCUACGCUCGCUUGGUGCCUUUCGCGGCAGUGUGCGGCGCCAACUUCAUCAAUAUCCCCAUGAUGAGAAGCGGGGAGCUAAUAAACGGCACGCCCGUUUUCACGGCGGACGGCACGCGCCUGGGCGAGUCGAAGCGCGCGGCCAAGUACGGCAUCGGGCUGGUCUGCAUAUCCAGGGUACUCAUGGCUUUGCCCGGAAUGACGGUAACACCUAUGAUAACUAACAUCGCGACCCGGCGCGGGCUGUUCUGCCGCCGGCCCUUGAUGGUGAUACCCUUCCAGCUGUUCCUCGUAGGGCUGUGCGUCACCUUCGCCACGCCCUUGUGCUGUGCUCUCUUCGACCAGCGCGCAGCCAUCUCCGUGGACAGCCUGGACCCGGAGCUUAAGGAAACCGUAAAGAAGAAUCAUCCCAAAAUCAGCGAAGUGUACUUCAACAAGGGCCUG